AUGGUUUCUUGGAGUGCACUCGGCCGAUCUUUCGGCAAUAAUUUAUUUAAAACUAAAACCGUCAUCCCGAAUUCUGUGCAAAAUGUGAAGUUCUCAAUAGGUAAAAGUCUAUGUGGCGAUCAUGGGCACAAAACAAUGGCUAUGCAACCUUCGAGGUUUCAAUAUCAUAAAUUUAAAGAUAUGUUACACUACUAUUUUAUGAUUGGCCUUAUCCCUGUUGGAGCUAUCAUAUUUUACACUAACGUAUUUAUCGGUCCCGCUCAGCUGACACCUAUUCCCGAUGAUUAUAAUCCGAAGCAUUGGGAGUACCAUCGACACCCGAUUACAAGAUUUAUUGCUCGUUAUAUUCAUAACAAUCCACAACAGGAAUAUGAAAAGUUUCUGCACUUCAUUGAUGAAGAAGCCCAAAAGAUGAAACUUAGACAGUUAGAAAAGGACAUUGUUAAGAAAAUGGCUGAGAGACAAGAUUACCAAGCAUAUUACUAUAGACCUAUGCUUAACAAGUAUCUUCGUCUCAACAAGCAAACUGGAGAUGAAAUGUUGAACCGAAUCGGUGAUGACUACAAAGAUUAA